GCAAUGGCUAAACUCGAACGCGUGUAGUGCGUCAAAAGAAACAACAAAUACAAUGUCAACUUAAAACGAUGAUGAAAGCGGGACGUCUCGUUGUGCGCAUGCGCUCUCCAGCCAGGAAGUGGCGUCAUUGAAAUGCUGUUGCUAUUGUUGAAGUUGUGUCUUUUUCCUGGAAAUAGUUGCUAAAAGAAGAUAAGGCUUUUCACAAGGCUCCGGUUCUCCACCAAGUAAACGCCAAAAGCUCGACUAGCGUUUUUUUGUUGUGUUUGAAACGAACCAAGACGACGACGUUUCAAUCCCACGGACCCUGUCUGUGUACCGCCAAUGUCCGGCUUCGAGCUGGUUCCGAUGGACGGCGGGGAUGCCAUCCAGCUUCCCCCUGGGGAGACUGUCCUGGGCCGGGGCCCUUUCCUCCGAGUGAGCGAUAAGAGAGUGUCCAGACAACACGGCCUGCUGGACAACCGAGAUGGACGACUGCGCCUCAAGCCGACGCACUCCAACCCGUGCUUCCUGCAAGCGUCGCCGGACGAGCCGCCUCGCCCGCUGCCGAGAGACGCCUGGUGCCCCCUGCGCCGCGGCCACAUCUUCUCACUGCUGCCGGGACAGCUCAUGUUUCGAGUGGCGGCGGCGGCGGCGGCGGACGGCCCCCUCGGACCGAGUGCCACGUGUGAACACGCCGGCCAGAUGGCACCGGCGCUCUUGCCUGGGCCUCGCGAGAAACGUCGCUUACCUUUGUGGAUGAUGGCGCGUGUCGGGACGUCCCCCGCCACCUCCCCCGGACGCCAAGCCACCAAGGAAAGCCGACGCGGCGAGGAGACGACAAAAGUCAAGAGGAGACGCAACGAAGGGGCACGCGCAGAUGAGUGGACACAAACCACCACCAUAACGGAGAGAGUGGACGUCGCGUGCCGACAAGCAACUUGUUGGGCCGAGGUGCGAGCAAAAUGUCAUCCCGGCCGGGCCAUUUGUCAUAUUCCAUCCAGUGGCAGCAGGACAUCGCGUCAUCCAAGUGCGACGUCGCAACGUGCGGCGUCACGACGUGCGCUGGACAGGCCGGCUCAAAAGGCAAGCAAAAAGACCAGGCCGCUUCCCAACCGCGAGCUGCGUGUCCGUAUGGAAAAGACUGCUACAGGAAGAACCCUCUCCACUUGCGGGAGCGCAGCCAUCCCGGAGACUCCGACUACGAAGAGCCGGAGGAGAACGAGCGACCCGAAUGUCCCUACGGCACCGACUGCUACAGGGACAAUCCUCUUCACCGUAAACAAUACAAGCACACAAAGAGAGCAGCUCGCAGCGGGACGGCGGCAGCGGCGCCCCACGCCGAUUCCCAUUGGGACUCCCAUGACAGUUUGACCGACAACAGCGAGGACGGCCAUUCCGACUCGGACUACGUCCCUCCGCCUGACUCCGACUGAAGCGCUUUGCCGGCCCGUCCCUUGUGCUCCACGGGGGCCCGACUUCCGUCAUCAAAUGAGCGCAAAGACCAGUCCAGUCGUACAGACAGAAAGGGUCUCCUCGUAUCAAGUUCCCGUGGACUCCGUCCGGCCGUCCAUCCGGCCGGUCCUCCUUUACCAAUUUGGCGGAUUCUACAACCAAGCGUCAAACUUCCUCUCACUAAUGAAGGAACGGAGCGGACGGAGCAGCUGCUGACAAAACGUCAACAAACGACUUGAGCCAUUGUCUUCCAGAAGUGAGAAAAGGAUCAAGUCGUGAAGGACAAAGUUUCUUCCCACUUUGCCGUUUAUUCUGCCGAUGACAAAAACAGGACAUCGAAAUUCGACACAAAGACAAGACGAGAGGCUGGCGCCAGCUUCCAGACGGGGCGAGGUGGGGCGGGGCAGGACGUCCCUCCGACCAAACGGGUGUCGCCGCCAUGGAAGAUGAGGACGGCCGACUUCACUCAAUGUCAUCCUCGGUCAGACUCUGUGCGCUCACGAUACGCUAACACACACACACACACACACACACACACACACACACACACACACACACCAGUGGAGAGUCAUCAAAAGGUGAAGCUCUGUAUCCUAAUGACGUCUUCAAAAGCCAGAGCAAUUAAAGAAUGAAUGGCAACGCAAA